AUGGCUAACCCAACCUCCAAAUGGGCGUGGUCCAAAAGCACUCGCAUAAAGAUCAUGCUCGUCAUCGACACUCUUUUCUUUCUCCUCGAGCUCAUCGUCGGCUUCCUCGCCCACUCCCUCGCCCUGACGGCCGAUGCCUUCCACAUGCUCAACGACAUCAUUUCGCUCGCCAUCGGCCUGUGGGCCGUCGUGGUGGCUCAGAAAGCAACGACGGACGAGUUUACAUUUGGCUGGGUUCGCGCCGAGAUACUGGGUGCCUUCUUCAACGCCGUCUUCCUCAUCGCCCUCUGCGUCUCCAUCAUCCUCGAGGCUCUCACCCGAUUCGUCGAGCCGCCGGAGAUCAAGCAGCCGCAGCUGAUCCUCAUCGUCGGCUGCGCCGGUCUCUUCUCCAACCUCCUGGGCUUCGUCGUCCUCGGCGGUCACGGCCACUCGCACGGCGACGAAGAGGACCACGACCACGACCACGCACACGGACAUGGCCACGCACACGGACAUGACCACGCACACGACCACUCACACGACCACGCGCACGACCACGCGCACGACCACGCACACGACCACCAUGACCACGAUGUUGAGCAGGGACACUCGACGAGGGAUAUCCGCAUCGAGCUUGCCGACGAGGACGGCGCCGUCAACGACGUUCUCCCCGAGGUUGUCGCCCAGAGGGCGAUGACGGACGGCGCCGACUCGACGCGCCGCAUUCGAUUCGGAGAGAACACGGUGGGCCGGGACGAACCCAGCUCGCCGGCGGGCCGGCUGUCCAGCCAGCUGAGAGGACGGGCCCGACGUCGGUCCAGCAAGGGUGGCCACUCACGCUUCGCCAGCAUCGAUGACAUGAGCAUCCACCCUGCCAGUUUCCGGCAAGACAUCAUCAACGCGAGCCUCGCCGUCUCCGUCAACUCGCCCAUCGAGGUGGCCGAGAGCGACACGAGCGAGGAGGCGCCCUCGGGCAACGCGGGCUUGGCCUCGGGCGAGAACUCGCCCCUCCUCGCCGAGGGCGGCCACGGCAACCACGGGACGAUGGACCCCAAGUUUGCCGCCGCGUGCUACUCGCCGGGCAUCAUGAAGCGCAGGCCGCGCCGCGACUCGAGCGUCCACGUCGGCCACAACCACACCCUGCCCCGCAAGCCCGGCUCCAAGGCAAGCGGCCACAACCACGCGGACAUGGGCAUGAACGCCAUGAUGCUCCACGUGCUCGGCGACGCGCUCGGAAACGUCGGCGUCAUCAUCACCGCCCUCAUCAUCUGGCUCACGGACUGGCCGGGAAAGAUCUACGCCGACCCGACCGUGUCGCUGCUCAUCACGGCCAUCAUCCUCAAGACGUCGAUCCCCCUCACGCUGGCGACGGCCCGAGUGCUCCUGCAGGCGACGCCGGAGAACAUCAGCAUCCAGGAGAUUCGUCAGGACAUCGAGGGGCUCCCCGGCGUCGUCAGCUGCCACCACGUCCACGUCUGGCAGCUGUCCGACACCAAGGUGGUGGCCAGCCUGCACCUCCAGGUCUCCUUCCCCAUCAACACGCACAGCGGCGAGAAGUACAUGCAGCUGGCCAAGCGGGCCAGGAAAUGCCUCCACGCCUACGGCAUCCACAGCGCGACGAUCCAGCCCGAGUUUUGUCUCGACGCGAAGCCCCAGCGCGACGGGGACGACGCGACGCUCCGAAUGGACGGCAGCGUCAACGACGCCGCCGACAACGGUUGCUUGCUGGCGUGCGUCGACGACUGCGAGGCCCAAGGCUGCUGCAACGGCCAGGACGCAUCCUCGAGGGCGUCGUCGACGCGCCGCUGCAGCGAUUCGUCGCAAGGCGGCGCCGCCGGACCCCAGUAG